AUGGCCAGCGAAGACAUGACCACAGCCACCGGCCAAGCUCCUAUUGUGCUUCUAGAGCCUCCAGUCGACGCCACCGCGCCCAAGCAAGACCGUCGCCUGAGCGACGAAUGGGAUGCCGCCAAGGUCCCUCCUAGCCGCUUCCAAAAACGAAAGGGCUCCAUCUAUGCUACCCCCAGCUCUCGUGACGGCCACGUCGACCGCAACUACCAAGAAAAGUAUCACGCCAAGAUUGCCGAAAUGACCAAGAGCAAGUGA